AUGAAGAAAAUUGUAAUUGUAAAAGAGUUUUAUGAAAUAUCAGACACCAUUUCCCUAACUGCCUCCGAAAACAAAAUCGUGCAACAUGCUGAAUUGCCCACGGUGAAGGACGAGCUUUCAGUGACUCUACAUCUGAAACCUAAAAGUAUUCGUUCUGAUUGGCCCUGCAUCUUUUAUAAAGGAAUUCACGAUUCCACCCGUACUCCUGGACUCUGGUUGACAUCAAACAAUAAACUGCAUCCUCGUUUCACAGGUAAUUGGAAUUGGAAUGCUGGAAUUGAUGAGCUUGCUACUGAACUUUUGCUGAAUAAAUGGUACCAUAUAAGUUACACCCUUUCUGAUUCUGAAAAGAGGCUAGACAUCUACAUAGAUGGUUUAUGGGUCGGAUUCUAUGGCAUCCAGGAAGUUCAAACACAAAAGGUUCUGUUCAAUACUGAAGAACUGAUAAUUGGAUCUAAUCUUACUGCUGAAAUUAG